CCAGCAUGUAUUAUAGCCUAAAUUAUCUAUCUAUCUAUCUAUCUAUCUAUCUAUCUGUGUCUAAUCACGAUACACUAGCAUGUAAAGGCUGCAUUCUUGUUUGCAUUAGUAAAUUACCUAUUUAAUGUCAAUUAUAGAAUGCAAUUUUAGAUUAUUAUUUUUUUAAAUUUGGAACUACAAUAAAUCCAGAAACAGAAAAAUCAUCUUUAUGAAUACACAAAAUUAUGGUUUAUUCUGCUAUAUUUUCUAGUUAGAAGUCCCAAAGAAAAAAAAAAUAACUUGAAAUGGAUGUUGCAUGUGCUAACUUGAAGAGGCAAAUAGACACAUUUUAACACAGACUGUCCAAAGUUUAUGUCAUAAACCAAGUCAUGGUGAUUCAUUAGAUUAAACUAAGACAAUAUACUAAUGAGGGUAUUUAUGAGUCAGCAGUUACACAGACAGAUCUAAAUGAUGUGCGGGACGCUGUAUGCUUUAACCUUUGCCCUUGUGCUUUAAACUUGUCUGAUCAUGUAACUUGAGUUUAUGACUUGCUGUAACACUCGCACCAAAGGAACUUGAAGGAAAUUCAAUAUAGGUAACGUCAGUAUUAAUUAAAGGGGCAGUUCACCCAAAAAUUUAAAUUCUGUCAUUUACUCAACUUAAUGUCAUUCCAAACCAUUUCAAAAUCUGCAGAACACAAAAGAAACUUUUUUGAAAAAUGACAGUCAAUGAGGUCCAAUUGUGUUUUGAACCCAUUAACUUUUUUAUGGCCAAAAUCAUUUAAAAACAUUAUUUUAAAUAUCUUCUUUUGUGUUCCAAAGAUUCUGAAUAACAUUGCUGGAAUAGAUAUGCAAACUGAUUGUCAGUUCCCAAGCUGAAAAAUAGAAUGAAUAACAUGGGAUAGAAAGAAACUACAGAUAGAAGUUGAAGGUUUUAUCUAUUGACUAAACUUGACAAUUCUCAGAAUGAGUGGUUAAACAAAGCUCCGUGUUUAUAGGCGUUGCGUCACUGCUGUUAGGUUAAAGGCCAUUUGACUUGCCUCUCUCCGGCUGUUGAAGUCUCCGUUGAAGCACAGCUUGCCACUCCAGAUCUUUUGAAUAAUACCUUGGGAGUUCCGGAAUAUUGAUACUCUGGACUUUUGAACUCAUACAGACAAUGAAUUUGUCACACUGAACUUCAAGUUAGAAGAAGAAUCCAGCAGUCCUUUGAAUGCAUCUGCAGGCAAGUACAACUGCCAUCAUUUUGGCUUUGGAUCUGCCAUAUCUUUAAAGGAAUACAGGAAAUAUAUCUGUGAAAAGACAAUUAAACAAUGAUUUCAGCUAAUAUUUUGAUUUCCUUGGAGAGAACUAAACCAAUAGCAGUAUUUCUGCUCUUUGAGUCCUGCUGCAAUCAUUAACUAUUGAUGCAUUCCAGAGCGUUUUAUCAAGAUUACUGUACGGUAUGAUCAAUGCUGGACGUCACUGCGUUCUCAGGCAAAACUACAAGAAUGCAUUGUACGCCGUUUAACCGAAAAUGGUUUUGAAAUGUUUGAACACUGGUCUGAGAAAAGCUUUGAAAGGGGCAACAAUCGUAAAACAUCCAGUUGCUUUUAGGCUGAAACUUUUAAGUGAGUAAAAUUUUUAAAGAUGCAUAAAAAUAAAGAUUGUAUUUAAGAACCAAUUACAGUCAAAAUUAGAUUGUUGUUAAUUCUUGGACACUCCAUUAUGGUUAACGGGACUACUGAGUCAAACAGUUCCAGUCUUGGGCCAAGUGAUGUUGAGCGAGUGUUGGUACCCAUAUUUGACAGCUUCAUCCUGGUGACCGGGGUAGUAGGACACAUCCUGGUUCUGAUCAUCAUCUGUCGAACGAUGCGGCGAGGAUGUGGACAGCCCAGUGGAGGAAGGACAGGAGGACUCCAACAGACAAAUGCAAACGGCACAGAUGUUUUUCUUCUGUCAUUAAGUGUGGCGGACCUUCUCCUACUUUCCUGUCUUCCAUAUCACACAGUUGCCAUUGCAACCCAUCACUGGCCGUUUGGAAGCUUUAUGUGCAAGUCCGUCAGCUUCCUGAGUGCAAUGUGUACAGCCGCCAGUGCCUUUACACUUGCCGCUUUGGCUUUUGCUCGGUACAUCAUCGUGGUUCAUCAGUCCAAAGCGUAUCGAUGGCGCAGAGAGGGGCGUUUAAAGGUGACUGCAGGCGUACUGUGGAUACCAGCUGUUGUGUUGGCAUCGCCUCAGUUCGCUUGGAGGACGCUGAUUUCAGGGCUGGACAACCAUGAAGCUCGUGAGGACCUGGCAUGUUUUAAUUUCCUUUCUGACAAGAGCCAGUUGGCAUAUGGAGUGUGCCACUUCCUACUGGCUUUUGCAUUUCCACUUUUGAUCAUUGUAAUAGCCUAUGCCAAGAUAUACCAUUUCCUCAAAAUCACCAGGCGGGAUCGCACAACUCAGACUGACCGUUUGGAGCACUACCAUGUUCACGUCACCCAGAUGUCUGCUCUGUUAGUGCUGGCGUUUGCAUUGUGCUGGCUGCCUUCCUAUGGCUUGAUGUUUGUUCAAAUAGUUGAGGGUGACAAUGCGGUUGGAACUUUACCUCAAUUUGGACCCUUUGCUACGUUUGCUCGCAUCAUGGCAACCUCUUCUACAGUGGUCAACCCCAUUCUCUAUGUUUUCAUGUCAGAGAAAUUCAGGAAGGAACUAAUGGAUCUGGUUCAAGGAGGCUGUGGAAACAGACCCUCCUAAAGCCAUAUGGGAUGCUGGAAUGACCUUUUAAGAGUUACCAAAUAACAUGAUUUAUUCCAUAAAAUAUGUUUACAUACUUAAAUGACUGUGUACAGAUGUUAACAAUUAGUGUUUUAAACAAAUAUGUAGAACACUUCCAUGAGUGAUGCCACAAUGACUAAUGGACACUGGAACUUUAAAUUACCUCUUGAGUUUGCAAUGGUGUUCUGGUAUUUCAAUGUUACCAUUUUUUUGCAUGUUCUCAGAAAAUGUUGAGGAACCAAACAACAGUCUAGAAUACAUUGUACAUUGUUUUGUACAUUUUGUAUCAGUUAAUGUGACUUGUCAAGGUUUUGCUCAUUAAAAGACGGUGUAGUUUCA